CGUCGAACUUGAUAUUUCUUGUAAAUAAACAGAUAACUAAGGAGAGAUAGAACUCGAGUGGGGUUUCUUGUAAAAAAAGAAAAUAUAUAUUUUCAUUCUCAAUCGACUAUAAAUUAUGAGAAAUGUGUGACUUUCAAUUUAGUUAUAAUUGAAGAAUCGUGAGGGAGAGUGAGGUGUGAAAAAAAAAUGAUUUUAAACAUUUAUGUGCUCAUUGCACUUGGUGUACUGUUGCCAAAGGGUGGAACUGCAGAUGCACACAAUCGGAAAUAUGUCGUCUGUUAUCAAGGCACCUGGGCUACCUAUCGCCAAUCUAAUGGCAAAUAUGACGUGAACUAUAUUGACCCCUUCCUGUGUACACAUUUAGUGUAUACUUUCUUUGGUAUUGAGGAGAGUGGUGAGUUACGCGUUAUUGAUCCGACUUUAGAUUUGGAAGAAAAUGGUGGACAUGGCAAUAUCCGCAAGUUUAACGCACUCAAGCUACAAAAUCCGACCUUGAAAACGAUUGCAGCAGUUGGCGGUUGGAAUGAGGGUUCGAGAAAUUUUUCAAUUGUAGCCAAUGAUCCGGAACGUCGCCAAAGAUUUGUACGUUCGGCGGUGCAAUUUAUACAGCGCCAUGGUUUCAAUGGCUUAGACUUGGAUUGGGAAUAUCCCAAUCAGCGGCAUGAUUUGACUUUUGAUGAUAAAAAUAAUUUUGUAACGCUGUUGCGUGAGUUGAAGGAGGGUUUUAAACCCUUUCAGUAUCUACUCACCGCCGCAGUUGGCGCAUCCCCAGCGACUGCUUCGAUAUCAUAUAAUAUAACAGAGAUUUCCAAGUACUUGGAUAUCAUAAAUGUAAUGGCUUAUGAUAUUCACGGCGCGUGGGAUCCAGCGACUGGCAUUAAUGCGCCAUUCUAUGCUAGUAAAAACGAUAACCGAGGCAGGCAACUCAAUUUAGAUGCUAUAAUUAAAUAUUGGUUGGCACAAGGUGCACCUCGUGAGAAACUAGUAGUCGGCGUACCAUUCUAUGGACGCACCUUUACUCUCGCCGAUGCCGCGCAACACUCCGUGGGAUCGUCGAGUUUAGGACCAGGUACUGCAGGCCAAUAUUCUCUAGAGCCCGGCUCUAUUGGCUAUAACGAAUUGUGUGAGCGUAUGCGCACCGAACAGUGGCAAGUCGAAUGGGAUGAAGUGCAAUUGGCACCAUAUGCUUAUAUGGGACAGCAGUGGGUGAGCUUUGAUAACCCACGCAGUAUUGGUCUGAAAGCGCAAUACGCAAAAGAUAACAAUUUGGGCGGCGUGAUGGUGUGGUCAUUGGAGUCUGAUGACUUCCGAGGCAUUUGUGGUGGUGAGAAAUAUCCCCUGCUACAAACUAUUAAUCGCAUACUCUUUGAUGGCCGUACAGCAACGGGCUUAACACAGUCAGUUUUAAAUAUGGCUGCGGAGUCCAUACAGCGACCUGUAGCGCCUGGUUAUGCAGUGGCACCAGUAGUGGGCAGCCAUACGCCUCAGCAGGGUAUAGUGCUCGACCCACGCGACGGUGGAGUAUGCACGAGCCAAGAUAACGGUUAUGUGCGUGACAAGCACGAUUGCGGAAAGUUCUAUUACUGUAAUCAGGGUAUGGCACAUUCAUUCAAUUGCCCACACAAUUUGAAAUUUGACUUAGAGUCAACUACUUGCAAUUAUCCUCAAUCGGUGGAUUGUUAGAGCGACACAUUUUGGGGAUUUCUGGAAACGGUAGUUUAACCAUAUUGAAAUAUUUUCGAAUAAAAUUAUUAUAAUCAGAAAAAAAAAAUUAAACAUACUUAAUUAUAUGUAUGUAUGUAGCGGGAGUUUUCAGGUUGUGAAAAGAAAUAAAAUUAAUUUAAAUCUUUAAAAAUGACAUGGCAUUAUAUUCUGACGUUAUUUAGUUUUAGUUACUUUAAUUAAUUAAUUUAAUGGCGACCAGGG